AUGACUGCAGACCUGACAGUAUUGCUCGUAAACGACCAAAAACGAAAUGACUAUGCUUCGAAGACUGGGCGAUACCAUAGCGUCAAACCACUUAUUGGUCUUCUUACAUCCACGGCGAGAACAUUCAUUCAGGACGGAGUUACAACAGAAUUUGCGACACAAAUUCUCGGCACAACUCUCGAUAAUGGCAGAAUAUAUGCUCAAGUUUUAACGAAAUCUUCCCUCGUUCUUUACAGUAAGCCAUACAAUGACGAACCGUAUGUCGUGAGUCCUACUCGGGUACCAUCUCUCGAUGGCUGGAACGUAAAGCAAGAUCUAGGUAUAAUAGAUCCAGAUAAAUUUGUUCUUAAAAACACUGAUUACUUGGCACCUAACAGUAAAAUGGACAUUGUUUAUGCCAGUAAACCGACUAAAGAGAACUCCAAGUUUUGGAAUGUACCAUCCGAUAAUUCUGGUCAAGCCAAUAAUCAAGUUUUUGAAGAGCCUACUGGCCGUAGAGUUCAAGCUUAUAAGGAAAUUCCAAAAUUUGAAGUUUAUAACUAUCUUGAUGGUCCAGCCAUUGACAACGAGAAAAAAGUAGAAUAUGUUGUAGAACCUAGUGUAAUGGAUAAUGUUAAUUCUCAAUACCGACAAAGUAAAGCGUAUGAGCCAAUGGUUAAUAAUAUUAAAGACUCGGAUGUAGAGGAAAUAAAAGAAUCUAAUAUAGUGAAAGUUAAACCUAAUUACGACUUACCAACUUUUACAAUAAAGAAUGAGUUUUCACCAAUAUUUUACUAUAUUGAUAAUGUUGAAUCUCGUCAACCAGCCCAACAAGCGCUACCACAAACUAAAACACCGAAAAAGUUGUUUGGUAAUAAAAGUGAACCGAGACCGAAAAAAACGUUUACAUAUCAAGGUUUUGCCGAUUUCACGACAGUUGUUGGUGAUACUGUUAUUAUCUUCACCCCCAAUACUGAUACUGUUAGGCAGCCCAAUCCUGAUGAAGUAAAUGUUUUCCCUUCAGCUAGACCUGUAGAUAAAUUAGCAACAAAAAUAACUUUUCUCUCUGCUGAUAUACCAGUAGCAACUUCAACGUAUAAAGCUCACGAAGACAAUAUUGUGACUAAAUUAUCAACAAUAGAUGAUAAAGAUACAACUGAUCAACCUUUAUAUAGAUACAAAGAUAACGAAAAGAAUACCGAAGUUAAUAGUGAAAUCCCUGAUUCAAUUAGAGUUCAGUAUUCAAAUAGUUUCGACCUAAACUUAGAUGUCUUACAGCCAUCAGAACCAGUAUUUUCAGUAACCGAAAGUACUCGUAACACAGAUGAUUUAGAAUACGUAGGCAUAAAUCAACAAAGUUCUCAAGCCACAGAGCCCUUACAAAUGUUUUCUCCAACUAUUACCUUAGCAGAAGACUCUAAAGCUUCCGCCGUUACAGAGGAAACCCCUAAUGAGUUAUUUACAAAUUCGGAAGAGGAAAGUGAAAAUACGGCAGCAGAAAUUACUGAAAAGACCAUAGAAGAUGAAGAAUUUGAGGAAAACGAAAGUACACCAGAAAUGGAACCAGAGAUAUUUACAACUACAGAGAGUGGCCAUAGUGAAGAAUCGGAAGAAAUAGAAACUACCACAGAAAACAAGUAUAAUAAACAUGAAGAGGUUAUUUGCGAUGACGGUCUUGAAACGCAGUCAACAAUGACUACAGAAUAUAAAACACUUACAUAUUUAACUACUUAUUUUAUUCCAUUGGAAACCGAUACAACAACGUCUGUAAAAUCUGACGUCGUUGUAGAGAGUAAUGUUGGAUAUUUAACUAAUAUAGUAUGUAAAACAAAUAUACUGGACAUUGAACCAACAGCUACAGUUAAACUUGACGUAAAACCAACUGAACAAAGUUACACGGAAACAUCUAGAGUUACAGGAAACAACGAAUUAUUAAGUGAAACAGUUACAGAAAACACGCCGAAAACUACCCAAAUAGAAAAAAAUUCAUUAACCACUCCAGUGGAUAUUGUCAAUAGAGGUCAAUACGACUCAGAGGAGUCGGAGGAAGAAGAUGUAAACGAAACAACUGAAGCUAUUUCUUCUACUUCUGAGAAUGUGAUUACGAGCCAAAGUCAUGUUGAAGUCACAGUUAGUACCGAACAUACCCCAACCGAUAAGCCACAAUCGGAAGAAGAUGUAAACGACUCGGAAAAUGAAAUCGAUCUGAUUUAUAAAACAUUAUACACUACUUAUACCUACUUUACCACAUUUUUCGGUGAUCAAAGUUCCAGUGUAGCUAGUCAUAAAUCAAUAGUAACAAAUAUUAUUACAUCUACAGUUGAUUUAUCAAAAAUGGAUCCAGCCUUACUUGGUGCAUUUGAUGAUGGAGAAAUCGCUCCGACAAACGUUGGAAUUGGUAGACCAACUGAAACCUUUGCUAUAAAUAGUAUUAUUGAUUUAGUGAAAAAUAAAGACGUGAUAGAAUCCGUUGAGGGUGGGGAACAAUACAAUUCUCAUACUCCAACGCCAAUAUUAGGUGACGAAUUUGUAGCAAGUAUUAAGCCGGAUUCAGUAAAAACUUAUUACACAACUUAUACUUUCUUCACAACUAUUUACGUUGGUUCUGAUGCUAAUGUGUGCAGUAGAAAUGAAGUGUAUACAAAUUAUGUUGGCCCAGAUGAGUUAAUACCUACGAAAACAAAUCUAUUAACAAAAGAAAGCACGAGAGCUCAAUUCGACUUCCGUAAUUGUAAACAAGUUAAGGGUCUAACACAAGAAGCUGAUAACAGCAACGAGUCUUCAGAAAGUACCAUCUCAAUGACAGAAAACACUUCUGAUUCUAAGCAUAUUUCACCGAAAUCACCUCUUGAAGUUGAUAUGUUAUUCAGCGUGGAUUCAAAUCCACUGAUUUCUGAAAAUUCGUACAUAACAGAUGUCAAGUCAUCGUCUUCGAAAGGCGAAACUAAAUAUCUUGAUAAUAAUAACGUCCUUGAUGAUCAAAUAAGCUCUGAAAGUAAUAUUGACGAAAUAUUGCCAUCACCAACUCUACUCUUACAAACUAGUUACACUACUUUUACGUAUUUUACAACAAUGUACAUUGGUAAGGAUUCCAGCAAGGUGAAAAGCCGACUAGAAACGAUCACGAAUGUCGUGACGGAAACUAUCACACCCAAAAAUGAGCCAGAAGAGGAAAAUAACUUACCAAUUACUUAUUACACAACAUUCACAUAUUGGACUACUCUUUACAAAGAUAAGUCAACAACCAUAACCAGUCGUGAAGAAAUAGUCUCUAACAUUGUUACCCCAACAAUUCAAGUGGCUCCUACAGUAAGCCCAAUUGAUACUUCUCCUAUUGAUGUUGAAAGUGUAUUGCCUCCUAAAGAUUUAGAAGUUAUUUUGAAACCUUCUCAAUUGGAAGAUACUCUGGAACAUGAAGAUGGAAAAGCUACGUUUUAUACUACUUAUACCUAUUUUACCACAUUCUAUGCCGGCAAUACUUCACAAAUAAGAAGUAGUUUGGCAACAGUUACAAAUGUUGUGGAUAAUACAAGAGUACUUGAAGAUAAUCAAUUGGGUAGAAAGGUACCGACUGGAGCUGCGGAGAAAAAUCUUAUUCAAGAUAAUGGAGAUAAACAAUUGAAUAUCAAUGCAACUCCUAUUAAAGAAGAAAUAAAAACAACACAACUUCCAGAGCUAUCAGUUGCAACACCUACUUCUUUACAAGGAACAUAUAUUGAUAAUUUAUUUGCCGAGGUAAAACCACCGGAAAAAACAGAUAGUGGAACUGAAGACAAGAAAAUAAUCUUUUCGCAAGUAGCUGUUAUCUCCGGGGAUUCAACUAUAGUAACAAAUGAUAAUAAGACUUUAGAUGACACAACAUCUAGUACAUCGACAACAACUACGGAAGGUACUAUAACCUUGACUACAAAUCCAGAAGUCAUUGAGAGCUCAGUUACAGAACCAGAAACAACCACAAAUGCUCAGUUGAGUGAAGAAGAAGAUGAUGAUUCUAAUCCUAGAAAAAGAGGUCGGCUCAGUUUCACCACAAAGAAACCUACUUUUACUCCAGUGAUUAUACCAUUUGCAUCAAGAAAUAGACCGACCUUUAGCCCGAAGCGCCAACCUCUCCCUAAUAGUGCUACAACAAUAACAAGACCAGAGUUUACUCCCACUAUUACCGCUACACCGACUCUAAAAUCAGUGAGGCCUUCUGGCAGUUUUGGCGGAAACCGAAAACCUGCCGUGGUUGGAAGUUCAUCCAUUUCUGGUAAAAGGUUCUCUGGUCGUAGUAGUUCUAAUGUGCCAGCUAACGUACCCGCUUCGAGGCCUGGCGGGUUUGGUAGAGCAAGCAUUCAACCUACAUCGCGUAGGACUGGCUUUAGAUCGAGUUCAUCACGUGGUAAUUUAGAUUUUGCUAGUAGAUCGGCAAGUCCAAAAAUAAGACCUACAGCGUCGUCUCGCCUUCGAGGUGGCAGGCAAUCUUCUGUUGCUUUCUACACACCGUCAGAUCAAAAUGAAGCUGAAACAUAUGCGACACAACAGGAAGAAAAUGUCACUGAAGCUCUAGAUGAAGCCACUGAAAGUUCUAUUCGUCAAACUACAAAUAAUCCACUACUGAGAUUUAGAAGACCAACUAUUGCUAGGCAGCCUGGCACAGCCCUGUUACCUAGAUCUACGACUCCAGCGCCAAGGAGAGCUUUACCAACACGCGGUCGUGUAACUACUACCACAAGAAGAACUACUACUCGGACAACUAAUAAUCCAUUAUUAUCAUUACGCAGACAAAGACCCAACUCAUUAUUCCCAAGAAGAAAUCUUUUCAAACAACCAGAUCCAGAACCGGAAGAAGAAAUUGGUGAAGAUGAACAAAAAGUUGAUGAAAGUGAUGAAAUUUUAGAAGAAGAAGAAGAAUUCGAGGAAGAUAAUGACUAUGAUUCCUCUGAUAGAAAAGAACAAAAAGUAGCUACCCCCGCUCCAUCUACCAAGCGAUCUAACGUUGUUUCUAUUAGACCUUUCGGUUUCAAACGCAGAGUUAAACGGCAAGUAGAUUACGGCUCUAGGAAAUUAAGCAACUUUCGAAGACCCGGUCCAAAAUCAGCGAGCACGAGAAGACCUGAACCCGAACCUGAAACGGAAGCACCAGUUCCGGCAAAACCAAAAUCUAGUCGAUACAAUUCACGAAUUUCAAGCAACUCACGAAGCACCACUGUAUCAGCACCAAGAUCGUCGGCUAGACAACCAUUUAUCGUACGCGGUGAGAGCAGGACUACCACUACGUCGAGUCCAGCCUACAAACGUAGCGGCAAGUCGAGACCUUCGUCUAGAACAACCACACUGUCAUCAAGGCUGAAAGCACCUCGCUUAUCUGGCAAAAGUACCCCUUCUUCACGUUCUAGCUCAUCACGAACAACUAGUCGAAACUCUCGGACUAGAACGACAACCGGUAGAGCAUCAAGUAGACAAAGAAAUUCAUUUGAAAAUUUUAGCGGCGAAAGAUACAACAAGUACGAUAAUAUAUUGAACGAUGGUAAAAUUACAGUUACACAUCAAAUUCCAAUAGAAGUGACUAUUCCAGUGGUCAAUGGUAAGAUUACAGAGUACAAAAACGUUUUAACUGCUAAGCCAAGCAUUGAAACACUUUUAUUAAAUCAAGUAUCUACAUCAAUAGGGCCUUUGGGUCACCAGCAAUUAGUGCUCGCUGUAGAAUCUACAGGAUUAGCUGAUAAUGGAGCUACUAAAUUGACCCGAUUUGUAUUACACGAAACACCAACAACAACGGUUAUAUUUACUCCGACAACUAUACGCGGCCGUAAAACAUCUUUUUCCCAUGUAUUGCCAAGUACAGUAUAUAACGUGGAACCAGUGGUACAAACGGUAGCUCCAGAAAUUAACUCAAAUGUACCGUUAGCUAAUCUAUUGCUGUCUCAACUUCUUUUAGGUAAUCAGCAGCCUGCUAUUAAUCCACUGCUUGCUUUACAAGGACAAGCGUUGUUACCCCAACAACCAAUAGUACAAACACCUGUCACAGAGUACAAAACACGAACUACUACAUAUGUUACAACUGUUACCGAUUCUAGGGCAACAGUCUUGUCAAUAACAUUUAGAGGCACCCCGAUUUUAACUACGAUUGUUGAUCCAACAACGGAUGUUAUAACAGCAACUGAAUAUCUGACAGAUACAGUCGUUACUACACCAACAGUAUUAGCUCCACAACCACAAUUUAAUUCGUUACUGCUACCUCUCCUGCUGCAACAACAACAACAGCAGCAACAGCAACAAGCUUUACAAACAGCUAAUCCUUUGUUAGGUUUAUCUCCAACAGACUUGAACUUACUCGCGAAUAACUUAGGACAAAACAAUGUUGGACAAAAUAAUUUGGUUCAAAAUAACAACUUGAACAAUGAUAUAUAUAGUAACAGCCCGAAACCAAACGUCCUCUCAGACUUCAAUAGCAACGAAGACUUUUCUGAUGACAUACAAAACGACGAAGAGGAUAUACCACCGCCAACUUCAGCCCCGGCUCGUAAAAGAAGUAGAGCCAAAGCGGCCAAGCCUUCUCCACCUAAAAUUACAAGUGUAGUGACUUUAUACGUAUCUGGAAAACACCCGGGUGAAUUCAGUACUGUUCUGUCGACUGUCGUUUCAGAAGACACGCAAACGGUUAGAAAACGCGAAGCAAUUUAUUACGAAGAUGUAAAAAUAAUGCCGUCUAUACUUCCAAACAUUGGGGAACUUUUUGGCUCUGAGAGUCAAGGUUACUUGGAGAAUUCUAUCGCUUCCGACAUGGAUAAAUAUUUUUCAAAUCCCGGACAUGACUCACAAAGAGAAACACAAAGCUUAGAAAGUAUAGUUGGCAGUUUAACGUUUAACACAAAUGCUAUAGUUUAUGAUAACUCACCGUGGAGACCAGGACGAGAAUCUGAUCUGCUUAAUCGCGACUCUGAUGAAGACCAAAGGAAACUUAAGAAUCUCGCGACGAGAAUUAUGUCGAAUGGCGUUGAGGUUCUGGUAAAAGAUAAGAAUGCUAAUGGGAAACAAGAGCAGCGUAUGCUUAAAAUAACGCCCAUAUCAACGACAAAACCGCACAUGGGCCCUACUCAAAACAAGUCACUCUUGUCUUCUGCUGUAGCUACAGUUGUUAGCCGCCAGCAAUUGAGUGCUAUCUUUCCAAUGCAUCAACUAAUGCAGCACAAUUAUAUAAUCAAGACCUGUAUGACAACUUAUACAUACCUGACAACAAUUGUGCACAACAAACGAAGCGCUAUAUCUACGUUCGAAACUAUAGUAUCAGUGGUAACAACAGAGUCACUGACAAACUUGUACGCUUCUGAAGUAUUAGCAGAUUUAAAACCAACGAAAACAAAAUACUUGGACGUCAAAACGAUUCAACCUACGGUGGCCAACAGUUUAUAUCAAGAACAUUUUCCUAAAAUCGAUAAACGAAUAGACAGUCAUGAGGAUGAUAGUUUGUUUGAUAUAAUACAGCCAUCCGAGGUAAACCACACUCCAUGCUCCACAACUUCUUGUUCUUGCAGCCAUACAAAAACAGAAAAUUUAAAUUCGAAAUACGCGAACUCUAUUGAUUCGUCACCCGUCUCUAACAAACAUGCUUCAAAAACGACGAAAAGAGAUGUUCCCAAGUUGGAUAUAAAGACAACUAACAAAGAAACAUUAAAUAUGAAAACAAAAUAUAGACCUUAUGAUUAUGACAUCAAUUCUCAAAUAACACCAACGGACAGGAUCGUAGAGAAAUAUACCGAGGUGAUAAGUGAUUAUUCUGAUGAAAAAGACACAAAUACUGUAGACGAGAGCGAACUUUUAACAAAUGAAAAAGCACCUGUUAAAAAUAAUAGAGUUGCCAAUAAGACUUCCGAAAAAACGAAGCUAGAAAAACCACAAAAAGUGAAUAAAAACAAAUUAGUCGUAGCUGAACUUAUAAAACUUGGAUCUCUCGGUAUAAAAGGACUUUCCCAGUUAGCUCCUGUUUUUGAAAAGAUGACAGGCAGUUUUAUGAAAAGACAAGAUGUUAAUCAAAGUACAUCAACGACUACUUUAAAACCGGUCACGAAAUUGACUCCAUAUUCUGCUGAAAAGCGGGUGGAUAGUACAGAAAACAAACAUGGAAACUUUCCUAUUUACAUACCUGUCGACGAAAUGGAAACAUCAGAGUCCCAAGUAUCUUUCUCCAAUAUCUCAAUGCACCCAAAUGUUCCAUGGGCUUUUGAAUACAAACAUAAUAAAGGUCACAUCUACCCACCAAAAAUUGUCCAGGAAAGUCCUCUUGUAAAUGGUGGUAUACCAAUUAGCCCCGGCGAGAUUAUACGUGCUAAUUCAGACGUUAUUGUUGGUAAACCUGCAGUGGGAGGGCCCUUGACUUUAGCUGCCAGUGGUAUCAAAUUACAUAAUGUUGUUAAUCGUCCUCCUUUAGAUAGUUAUAUGGCUGAUAGUGAGCAAUAUCCAGUUAAUGAACAGUAUCCGCUUUCACUUCCACAAAAUAAAAAAUCUGCACCUACACGCCAUACCGACGACUCAUUUGAUUUGAGGCCGCCAGAACCACCAAAAGCAAUAUCUAAGAUUCCAAAAAGACCUCAAAAUAUGCCUGGUCAUGAAAAUUUAAAUGAUAUGCAUGAUAUUCCACCUUAUUCUACGCAAGGUUCAAUGGAUUUAAAGGACCGGAUAAAUCAUCAUUCUACUGGUUCUAAGAUAAAGAGUAGUAUGACUAAAGAUCACGGCAGGCCGGCCUUUUUAGACUAUAUUCCAUCAUUAGCAAAACCUACAAGUAGUAUUCCUCUAAAACAGCAUAUAGAAUUUGGGCCUUAUGAAGAAAACGAAACUAGUCAUGUUAUAUUAGACAGUAGCCCAAGCUCUUCAGAAAUUGUUAGUACUAAGAUUGAAACGUCUGAUGACGACUCUACGUCAUCUGAUUCGUCAGACCUAGAUAAACCGUUUUUAGUUGAUAUUCAACCUUCACGAGUCGCUAAUGUUUUAAUCCCACAUGGAAGUUCUACUGCUUUAGUGUUUGCUGGAUCAUCAGAACCACAUAAAACAGGUGACUACAUUGAUGAUCCGCUGCCAUAUCCAGAGCCAGGUUAUUUUGGAAGUUUUAGUAUUGAUGCUCCGCAAAUGACAAAUGUGCACAAUGUAUCUCCAAAUAAAAAUCAAUUUAUUAAAGAACCAAUCAUUAUUUCAUCGCAUACCAGCCUUCCAUCUUAUAAACCAAACAUUCCGUUUACUGAAAACCUAAAUAAAAGCCGAAGUGAUGGACACAAUUGGAAAAAUAAUAGACACUAUAACCUGCAAAAUAUUCCUCCUCCCAUAAGCAUUCAGGAAACACAUUUACGAGUAGGCCCUCAUAUAGCAGUUUAUAAACCUGAUGAUUACAAAGGUGACUUUGAAAAUAAACAUAAAACAAAUAUUAACAGACAUCCAAUAGCUAAAGAUGGUAAAGAAAUAAUUGAUCGAGAAUAUGAAAACUAUCUUGCUGUUCCCCCACCUCCACCUAAACAAUACAAACAAGAGAGCCAGUUUCCACAAAAUAAGCCUUAUAAUCAGCGACCAAUAAUACAUACUAAACCUGUACAGGAUAUGAAGGUAUUUUUGAAUGUACAACAUCCUGUACCAGAUCAUUUACCUCCGAAGAUUACCUCUGAAGUAUAUUUUGCGUCACAAACUCCAAUGAAUGGCCAAAGUCAAACAUAUAAUAUGCAGGUGCCGAAGUUACCAUCUACAAAUAAUAAACCAAUAAAUGGGCAACAAACGUUUCAAAGUAAUACUAAACUCAUUAAACCUCCCACCAAUUCAAACAAAACUAUUAUAUCAGACUCUGGAAUUGAUACUACAUAUAGUGUAACUUUAAACACGGGAACUAGAGUUAAAAAUAUUGGAGGACAAAAUCAGUUGAUUGGCUCAAGUAUUACGGUUCCUAUAAGUACAUCUGAACAUAAUGGUGAAUUAAAUGCUAAUAUUCCAAUCGGCACGAAUAUUGCUAUUAGAGUUGAAGAUGACCCGUCUAAAUAUGACACGGUUGCUUUACAUGGUAAGCCUGAUCCAAGCUUAUCAUUAUUUAAUGUUCAGCCUUCACAUACAAAACCGCAAAAUAAUGAAGUAAAAUUCUCUAACAGCUUUAUUGAUACUCGAAUCACCCCAAGGCCAACAUCCUUGAAUAGUCACGCUAAUUUCCCAAUGGUUAAUGAAUAUUCACCGUAUCAUCCCCUGAAAAAGGAAGAGUCUAUUCAAGAAAAUUAUGACGAUAAUAAAUCUACAGAACAAAAAAGACCCGGAAAGAUUAUUUCAAACAUACCAACUAACUCUCAUGGUUGGUAUUCUAGUGUUCUUAAUGAUGAUAAUAUCAAACAUAUAAGCAACAUAAACAUGGAUGUGACCACAAGAAAAGUUAUACCCUUGUCAUUUGACCACACUAAGGAUACGAUCUUAUUUAAUAAUAGCAUAAAAAUUACAAAUGUAGGUAAACCACCGACAGAAUUUUUGGAAUUCCAAACAAGGCCUAUCGGCCAUAAGUUGAGCAUUGGUAGGCCGUUUUCAAAGCCUAAAGAAUCCGAUACUUCUGAAACAAAAAAUAAACCAAUAUUACCAGCUUUCACCAUAAAGCCAAAUUAUAUACCAUCUAUAUAUUCGGCUAAACAGCCCGUAUACAAUAUUCCUGUAAUCGAUAAUGUAAAGGAAAAUGAAUCGAACUCUGAAAAAUCUAAGCCAGUUUAUGAAACGUCUGAAGAAAUUUAUGAUGGUAAAGAUGAUUUUGUGGACCACGAAGGAGAAGCUGAUGGUGAAAUUAGCUCUGAGUCAAUGAAAAUACCAGUAGUUACUUCAUCCGAAGAAAGACAAAAUAGUUCUAAACCACUUACUUCAAACAAGGGAAUGUCAAUUAACAACAUAAAUCAAGGUACGCAAACAGAAAAACCAUUUAGACAUAACAAUAAAACAGUGUUCCAAACAAAUAGUAUGAGCCCCAUUUUAAGUCCUCAUCGGGCGCCGUACUCAAAACCGAGACCAUUUACUGUAACAAACUCUAUACCACUUGACCAUCAACUACAAACACCCCACUGGCAAAUUAAUCAGAUGGUAGAAAACGGAACAAAUGUAUCGUAUGAGGAUAGCUUUGAAUUAAAUACUGGUGAAAAAGUUUACAAACCAAUGCCAAAUACUACGGCCAAUAUAAUCAAGAAUGAAAGUAAUUCCCUGGCAGGUUCAGCAUACAAAAAUGAUAGCAUAAUAACAUCUACAGUGCAUAUAAGAGAUAAGAAACCUUUAGUGGUUAAAGUGCCCGAGAAAUCCACAAUGCCUACAUUUACUAUACAGUCUAAAGAAGAAAUUAACCAAACGAAUAGUGAAAUUAUUAACUUAUCCCCACCUCCGCCUAAUGUUAAUUACAUACGGCCUCAUCAAAAUCAUGAAUUAAUUAUGGGGAUGAGUCCACCGCCACCUGAAAAUGUUUUGAACCGAAAUCCAUCUCAUCCUUCACGAACAGCACCGACCAUAAGAACCCCACCACCGUACAGAAAUGUACCACCGAGGACUUUACCUACCAGACCAAGUACACAACGACCUGUCAGAAAACCUGCAAAGAAGGAUGAACCGUCGACGCUCAGGCCUACUUAUGAUUUAGUAAAUAAAUUUAAACGGCCCUAUUAUAAUCGUGACCAACCCUCUUCUCUAUUACUACCACCACCGAGAGAAUUACCUUCCAAAGUGCCAGAUUUAAAAAUAGAUCCUACAUUCAAUAAUUUUGUUUCAUCGGCUGCAAACGUUAUUUUCCCAACAGAAACAUCAUCUCCUUGGAUUACGUCAUCUGGUGUAGAUUUUUCGUCAGGAUUUAACUUUGCACCUACAGUAGUUAAAUACCCCGAAAUAAUAACUUCUUCUCAGUCUACUUUAUUAGAUUCUGAUUUAGACGAAACAUACGCUGAUGUAUCUUAUUCCUUUGAAGAAGUUUCCAAACCAUCAAAAAGUGUUAUUUUAGAUAAAACUGAAACCGACAAAAAUAACUCAGUACAAUUUAAGGUAGAAUCCCAAACUCCACAAGAUGCAGACAAGAUUAAAUUAAAGAAAGACUCAUCGCAAGAAUCAAGCGAAGAAGAUUCAAAAACAGAUACGGUAAAAAUUAUAUCAUCGGGUAUUAAAAACUGGACUCGCAAACCAUAUCCAAUACGCACUGAAGACAAAAAAGGAAUUAAAUAUAAACCCUCACCUAAACCACCUAUUAUCACACCAACAAGAACAUUGACUAGGCCAGAAUUAUUAUAUCCGACUAGAGAGAUUAACAGUAAAAUAUUAAGACCAACAUUCAACAGUUUCCCGUCCGUCCAGCCCAUUGACAUUAUUGAGAGUUCUGAAAUAUUACCGGAAGAAGAUAUUAUUAGGCCCACGCAAACUCUACACGGAUACUAUAGUGAUUCUAGUAUUUCCCUUGAGAAAACAGGGAUUAUUGAAGAAACAGUUGCGUCCACUCCGACAAAUGGUAAAAAAGAUAAUCAAAUAAAUACCCAGGGCUUGCAUCACGCUGGAAAUGAGAUUAAAAUAUCAGACGAAAUUAUUCCUACGAAGACAGAAUUUAAAACUUCUGUUGUGACAUUUACGAAGACGCUAUUAGAAUCGCCCGAAACUAUUUCUAGUAUUGGAUACGUUAAUCUGACUCACACAUUAACGGUUACUCAUACAAAGACCAGUCUGGUGAGUAAAUCUGAAGGGGCUGUCACGCAAACGUUGAUAUUGACUAAUACUCACACAUCUACUGUAGUAGAUGUUAUCACUGAAAUUUACACAGAAGUACAGCCAACUACUAUAAUCGAAACUGUUACAAAACACAUCCCUAUAGAAGUAGAAGCAACUCCCGUUCAAGAAAUUACUUCAACGAAAACGCCCAUAGAUGACAUUACUAUGUCGUCAGAAGAAAAAGAUAACUUUAUUAUCAAAGAUUCAGAUGUCACAGAAAAUAUCCAAAAGAUUGAAGCUGAGGAGGAAAAGGAUAACGACACAUUCUUUGUCGUAAUGAACAAAUCCCAAAAUGGUGGAAAAUCUCCUCCAGUAAACACUGACAUUGAAACGGGCGAUUAUGAAGGCAUUACUAGAAAUGAACAAGUAAACAAUAAUGGCGUGUCACAAGUAUUAUUUGGUGAGAUAUUAUUAGCUGGCACUCCAUAUUUGGAAACUACGAAUAUUGGACAUCCCGCUGGAAUAGGAUUUGGAAAAGAAUGUCAGCCAGAUUGCAAAGCAUCGAGAAACGAGCGUUGUCAACGAAUCGAUGGUAUAAUGAAGUGUGUAUGUAGACCCGGCUUUGCUAGAAUGUUCCCUGACCGACCUUGUAAACCAACCUACACAUACUCAGUUAGCUUAGUUCUGUCAUCGCAACGAAACAAGCGUCUCAGGUUCCAUCCGAACCUGGCAGACAAUUCUACAAAAGAAUAUCAUCAGCUAGCUAUUGCAACUCAUGAAGGUAUAAAUAGAAUGGUAAUGCAGUCAGAUUUAAGGGACGUCUUCCAUGGUGUACAUAUAACUGGGUUCCGCCCUAUUGAAAUGAAAGGAAAGACUAGUGAUCCUUACCAAGGUGUCACAAACGACUUUUAUGUUCAGCUUUCAGAUAAUGCUCAUGAGUAUAGGUUAAAGGAGGUGAUAGAAAAGUACCUUCGAAACAACAAUUACAGCCUUGGCGGAACAGAAGUAUUUGCUGCUGCUGAUCUUAUCGAUAGAUUAAAUGUUAGCGACUUCGACGAGUGUGUGAGCGGUCAAUUCCAUGACUGCUCUGAACACGCCAAGUGCUUCAACUUGCGAGGGACAUACACCUGCAGCUGUUUGGAAGGAUUCGCUGACCUCAGUGUAAACACCCUGUACCCGGGCAGAAUCUGUUCUUCGGAAGCUGUUGGUUGUGAUACCUGCAACUACCAUGGCACUUGCUUUGAUCGAGAAAGCGCUGUUAUAUGCGAAUGUUUCAAGUGGUACGCGGGGAAGACUUGUCAAGUUAAUCUGAAAGCGGUUCUUAUUACCGUGACGGUUAGUGGUUUGCUGAUCAUCACAGCGGUGACAAUCUUCGCGUCGAGGAAAUGCUGCGUAAGCAGAAGUCCGGCCACACAGACCUUUGUCAUCGGCUGCAUGCAGGGCAUGCCAAGUUUGCAUCAGGGUAACAUGCCAAAGCAGAGAGCAGAUCGCCGAGCCUUGAUAGCGGAAAGAGAAAACGCUGAGACAUGUAGCGUCCAAAACGCUUCCCUACCCUACAUACCGUCCAAGCGCGUACGAACGUCCACUGGCGCCGCACACGUGAUUUCAGAGCCGCCUGCGCACUGCCCGCCACCACCGCCCGCACCGGCUGUCCUCAUACCCCGCGCGCGUCUAUUGCAUUCGGACAGCAGAGACAAUUUAUCAAGAAAGAAGAGCAUGGAAGCGUGCGCCGAAGCGAAAUUGAUUAGUUACCUCGAAUCCGGCGCCGCUAAUGUAAAAGAAGAGAUGAGAAGAAAGCACAGUUUAGAAUCAUCGUACAGUGCGGACAAAGAUCGACAUAAUAAACAAGGUGCGUUGGUGUCAGCGGGAUUCAAAGUGUCAACAACAGUGCGACCUGAAGAGGGCAUGAAGGAAGAUGACGCGUCCUCCAUAAAUAAGACCGACAUAGACGGUCAACUAUCCAGGUUUGAUACCUUGAGGAAAUCUUUUAGUCAAGAAGACAAUAUAUCGGAGUGGACAGACGCAGAGCGUCGCCUCGGAGAGUUGUAA